UACCUGGACGUUCCCUGAUUUUCCAUGCCCGCCAGUUUCAAAAAAGAUUUCUCACACAAUCACGAGCUGUGCUAAUGGAGAAUUUUGAGACAGAAAUAACAGAAAAUUGUUUGAUAGGAAUACAGCUUAUAAGUGGUGGUAGGACUGAAACUCAGACAUGUCUUGGUGUUGUCAUGGUAGCAAAGAAUGAAGAUUUAUCCCUGCACAACUUGAGAACUCUGAUGUAUUGUCAAGUUGCAGCUCUACCAGAAACUUUCAUAUUCUGUACAAAGCAGGGUUGGAAUAUUAACCAGAACUUGGAGAACUCAGUUUUUGUAAAACAAAUUGUAUCAGAGGAGUGCUCAUUAUUUAUACAGAGAUAUUUCGAGACACCAUGUAUUGGAAUUAGACAGAGGUCUGGAGAAAAUCUUGGUAUGGUGUUUGUUGAUCUCCAUUGUGUUUUGUCAGAUGUACGACAAUCUAUUCAAUCACAGAUGACAGGAAGUAAGCUCUCAAGACAAAACUACUGGUUCCUGAAACACAAUGCCUGGCCAAUUAGCUGUAAGCAAGAGAGUCAGUUGAAAGUCAUUGACAUAAUUGAAGAUUCCUGUCUCAUUGUUGAUGUUCAGACAUUCCUUACACCAAGCAGUUCCCCACUGACUCCUAGUCCCCAACCAAGGAAGAAAAUUAAAGGCACUCGACAUUUAUCAUUUCGUACCAGUAAGGACCUGGAUAGAAAUCAGAUUGCUGAUUCGUGUGUAACUGAUGAGAAACAAAUUUUGAUAAGUUAUGUACGUGCAGAUGCAGCACAUCAUGCUCUAACCCUUAAACAAGAGUUAUCUUCUCUUGGUUUUAGUGUCUAUCUUGAUGUACAUGAAAUCACAUCAGGUGUGGAUUGGCAGGAUUCUCUCAACGAUGCUGUGAGUAAUUGUCAGGUGUUUGUGCCAUUAGUCACACCAAAGUAUGGAGAAACUUUAUGGACAAAUAGAGAGAUAAAGUUAGCAGAUGUUUUAGGAAAGUACAUCAUUCCAGUCAGUUUUCUGUCAGACUGGCCACCACCAUGCCUUGCAAUACAAUUUUCUACAACACAAUAUAUCAGCUGGACUACUAAUAAUACAGGUACUGUUAUAUUUUUGUGUUAUAAAAAUAAGGACAUAUUUACAUGGAAGAGUAAAGAUCUCAAGUUUGUAGCCAAACAGAUAGCAGAAAAAGUUCAGAAGUUCAUGAACACAGACACAGAUCUUCCUUCUCUAAUAAAAAGGAAAACCGUAGUAAAGAGUUGUCCAUGUGUAGACAGUUCUAAUCCACAAGCUACAAUUGAAAAUAGAGAGGGCAAUCCACUAAUAGUUAUAUGUGUACAUCCACAGCAAUCCACACUGGCUGUUGAAAUGAAAGAAUUGUUAGCGGGACACAAAUUUGAGGUUUGGUGUUCAACACAGUUAUCAAUGAACUAUCCUGAUUCUUUGACAGAUCAUGAACAGGGUUUAAAACCAGGAACAAUGGAGUUACAAAAUAGACAAGUUUUCCAAGAACAAGCUGACGAAGCUGGAGUUAUUGUUCUUAUUCUGUCUCAACAGUUUAUACUGUCUAGAACCUGUCAACAACAGGUAUUUUAUUGUGAACAAAGGAAGAAACUGGUUCCAGUUUUGUAUGGUGAUUUUGUGAUACCAGGAUGGUUGACUGUAUUAACAGGUCAUCAUGUAUUAAUGAAUACAGACAUAUACAAAGAUCAGCUGAUAGGCAGAGUAGAAGAACUAUUAAUAUCUACAGAGUACAACAGAAAUUCAUCUAUAGAGACUUGUGUUACAGAAAUUAAGUCAACUGUAUCAUCUAGGUUAUCUGUGUAUAUAACUGGUAGUUGUUCCCUCAUUACAGACAUGACAGAGAAAAUUUGUAGGUCAAUGGGUAGAUGUUUAGCAACUAUAGAUAAUAUUGUGAUAGGGACAGGAAGUGGAUAUGGCUUGGAAGACAUAGCGGCACAGUCUUUCUAUCAGGAAUCACAAAGAAUGUGGAAAACUAACAAUAAAGUUCUUCAUAUACACACACAAAAUCAGCAGUCAGAGUUGAAAAACUAUGGCAUGACAACUCAAGUUAGACAUGAAGACUUUGCUGUCAUUGUGGCUAGUGUGUUCGAUAUAUGCAUCGUAAUCAGAGGUAACUUAGAAAUUUCACACUUGAUUGACAGCUUCAUAUGGAAUGAAAAAUUGGUUAUUCCAGUCUUGUGUCAAGAUCUCACACAAAUAUCAAAGAAACCUCAAAACAUAAGUGAAAAUGAUUGGUCCAUAUUAUCCAGUGCCAUGGCAACACCAGAACAAAUUGGACAGACAGUAAAAGCUGUAAUUUUACAGAAUUCCACAGAAAGACUUUCAGAACAAAUUAGCAGCAUCAAUGUACUCACUUCGAGCCCUAAUACAGCAUUAAGGAAAAUGACAACAGUAUUACUCCCUGAAAAGAUCUAACAUAUUUGAUUUUUAAAUAAGAAUGUGAUGACUUGUAAACCUAAUUUAUGAUUUGAAAUAAUUUAAGUUUUAAUAGUAGAUUGGAUUUGUACUGUUUACACUAUUACAGAAAUUGAAGAGGUCAAUAAUUUGUAUGAAUUAAGCAUGGUAUUUAUUUGAUAAUUGAUAAACAAGAUUUGAUUAGAUAGUAUAUAUGGAAAGUAUAUGUUAAGUCAGGGAAUUUUAAUACACUUUGUUAGUUUACAAGUCAUGAUAUUUUAGCCAGUGAUAGCUGGCCCUAUGUUGACAUAUCACUUUCGAUUUUAAGAUGUAACAGAAUUAUGAAUUGAAUGCAUGUGUCAAGCAAAUGAUAAAAUCAUUGAUGUGUAAAUGACUUGAAGAUAGCGUAAAACACAAUUUGAAUUUUCUACAUGUACAUGUACAUGUAUGUCCAACUUUUCACAUGAAAUUUGCCCUAAGCAACCAAAUGAAACUUUUCCACAUAGUCAUCUAUUGGUCAAUCUAUUUAAAAUUUUGUCAGUUCUAUUGUCCCAUUAAAUAAAUACAAUAGCUAUUGUUCUAUGUGUAGUUUAUUCACUGGGACCUUUACAUUUCUUCUAAGAGAAAUCCAUCACUCUUUGAUUAAUUCACCUGAGAAAAAAAUUGUCUUCUAAAUAGAUUAAAAGUACAUGUUUCAACUCACAAAACUGCAUGUGAUGUUGUUUCAAUAUCAAUAAUAUAUUUUAUUCAGAAAAUAACAAAGUUAUCAAUAUCAUGCCUUAAUUACUAGAAGGGUAUAUUUAUGAACAAGUUUAUAAGAACCUCAACAUUUUUUUUUAAGUUAUGCCCUUGAACAGAUAAUAUAUGUACAUUGCAUUGGAACACUGUUCUUUAAUAAAUUGAAAGUAACUCUGGAAUUUUUUCCAGAGGAAUAAUGACAAAACUGACCUAAACUUCAUCCAUUUUUAUUUUUUUUUUGCAAAUUAUACACUGUGAUACAAUUUGAUGUGUUGAAAGUCUUGAAUCUUGAUACUCAAUGAUAGUAUUACCAGAUAAAAUCAGCCAAUACAUUCAAUGAGUUUAGUCAAUAUCAGAAGAGGCCAUAAAAGUAACCCUUAUAUUUUCAAGAAUCAAAAAUGUAUAAUUUAUAAAAUGCAAGUUGUGUUUAAUU